GACGCGCGUCCCGCGUACACUGCACCUCUUACUGCCCUCCUAGCCUUGCGAGGCGGUGAAUACCUGCAUCCCCGCACGACCUCGGCCCUGCCGCAUGCGCACAACCCAUCUCUACCAUCAUCGUCGGCCUCAACGCCUCUGUCAUCACCGAGCCCCGCGCAGUCUCACCUCCAGCCUAUAUCUGACCCGAUGAAGCCCACCCUUGACGCCUCCACGCCUAAUACUGGGCGCCGGAUCGUCUGUGCAAAGUUCCGCGCCGGUCCUCAUCCGCCCCCGCAUUCACCAGCAGUCACCCACAUCGUGAACUCGGGUGCGGGCGCGGGUGAAGACCGAUCUGACGCUGGCGGAUGGUGGCGUCGUGGGUCUCGAGACACACCCGCCGCAGAAGCCUUCGGCCGGAAGGAGGGCCGGUCUACCUUGGUCGCCAGUUCUGAAGGGAGCACUAGCAGAGACAGGCUGGGCCUCAGUUGUGAAAAUGAGGGUUCUGUAUGGAUCAUCAUGGACCUUCUCAAUGAUUCUGGUGAGUUGCAUGCCUGACACAUCCAUGCCUUGCCCCGAAGUCACUUCCUUAUCCUAUGCCGGGUUGCCCUGAUACUACA